UACAACAAAAACACUGUCGAAGAAGAAAAGAGAAGAGGAAGAAGAAGAGCAUUUUCGCUUCGUUCCCAAAUCCCCAGAGAAGUCAAACAAGUCUUCCUCUGAGAGAAUCACUCAUCCACCAAGGCACUUUACAAAUUCCAAAUUUUUAUUUCUUUUUUUUUCACAAUUUUUAUUCUUUUUUAACUUUUGGGUCUUCUUAGUUCUUAGUUCUUCUGUUGCUUUUGGUAAAUCAAAAAUCAAAGUUCAAAUCUUUGGGAACUUGGGUUUGGAGAAGAAAAGUGAAUAGUGAAGAAGAAGAAGAAAUUGAAAUUGGAGUGAAAUGCCGGAAGAGGAGUUGGUGGACAUAAAGUUCAGAUUGUACGAUGGGUCUGAUAUGGGGCCAUUCAGGUACUCUUCAGCAGCCACAGUUGAUGUUCUCAAACAAAGGGUUGUCUCAGAUUGGCCAAAAGGCAAAACAGUCACCCCAAAGGCAGCAAAUGAAGUGAAAUUGAUUAAUUCUGGUAAAAUAUUGGAAAACAACAAGACUGUUGGUCAAUGUAAAGUACCAUUUGCUGAUGUUGCAGGCGGUGUCAUAAUAAUGCAUGUUGUUGUACAGCCAUCUCCUGCAAAAACAAAACCUGAAAAGAAGAUUGAUGAUUCACCCAAGAAGAUUGUCUGUGCUUGUUCCAUUUUGUGAGGACAAUCUGGUUUCAUAUUUUGGGACAUCCUCAAUCCUUAAUUCAUCAGUAUCAAGUAUCAUCACCACUGGUAAACUACAGAAAUCAUCAAUAUGCUUGGACCAAAAAAAAAGGAAAAAAAAAAAACUCUUGUGUUUUCAGUUUUCAACAUUCAAUGUGUAAAGUAUGUGUAUACAUAUAUAGUUUUUUAUAAUAUUAUAUUAUGAUGAUGGAGGAUACCCUAUCACAAAAAAGAAGUGUCUUAGUAGUUGUGACUUUCUCAAAAAAUGUCAUUCUUUUAUUACAAAGUUCUGAAGAAUUGAUGAUGACAUAAUAGCCACUUAUUGCUACCAUUCAUUGGGUAUGAUGACGUUUUGUUAAA